CUCUUUCAAUGACGAAAAAGAGUGAAAUAAAGCUUCUUGGAACCGUUGCAAGUCCAUUUGUGAACCGGGUUCAAUUCGUCCUCAACCUCAAGUCCAUCGAGUAUGAGUAUAUCGAAGAAAAUCUCGCCUAUAAAAGUGAGCUCCUAUUGACAUCAAACCCGGUUCAUAAGAAAGUUCCGGUCCUUAUUCAUGCAAACAAGCCACCAAUUUGUGAGUCGCUUAUCAUAAUCGAAUACCUUGAUGAAAUCAAACCCGACGUCCACCGCAUCCUCCCUUCCGACCCUCUGGAGCGAGCUGAUAACCGGUUUUGGGCCAACUAUAUCGAUAACAAGUUUUUCCCGUUGUAUGAAGAGAUGAGGGUAACGCCAGGAAAAGAGGGAAAAGAUGCAAUAAAAAAAGGGAUCAUCGAAGGAUCGGUGUUAUUAGAGGAAGCAUUUAUAAAGUUCAGCAGGGGGAAGACUUAUUUCGGUGGAGAUGAUGUAGGAUAUCUAGAUGUUGUUCUUGGGUGUUUUAUCGCUUGGACAAAAUUUAUUGAAAAAAAUAAUGAGUUCAAGGUGUUUGAUGAAGUGAGAACUCCGAGACUUGUGGAAUGGGUGAAACGUAUAUGGUCACAUGAAGCCGUCAAGGAUGUGAUCCCGGGGAAUGAAGUGCUCGUCAACUUCUAUAUGAUGCUUCAAAAGUACAGACCACCAAGAGCUGUUUAAAAUCAAUUUUAUAUUUAUAUAUCUACUACUACUAUAUAAUCAAACGUUAUUCAUAUUUCAAUUUGAUUUGAAUUAUGAAUUUAUUUUAUGUAAGUCAAGAUCACAACAGUGCUCUUGUACCAUAAUUUUUCCUUUAUCAAUGUAGUACUUUGUGUUUAGAAUUCCUGUUUUUACUUAUUCAAACUUAAUAAACUUUAGGUAUCGAUUUAAGCAUAUUAAAAA